UCGGUAGAGACAUAAAGAUGACAUAUGAACAGUGCAAUGUCAAUAUUGGAGUUUCACUAUUCACCCGCAAUCAAAUAGUGAAAGUUUUACCGUUUGGCUUGAGCUGACGAGGGACGUCAUUUAAGCAUUUGGAGUUCGAUUGGAAAUGCCCUAAAUUGCUUUUUUUAGUAUACAUUGUAAUUUAAUAUUCGGUAUUCCUUUAUUAUAAAGAAAAAAAUACUCGGAAAAAACUUAAACCAACGGCACCUAGACGGAGAUACAGGACGGCUAUCCAACUGGUCAAGACACCGCCAUGGCAUGGUGGAGGGCGCCACCGCGCUCUCCCGUGCUCCUUCGCUCGGGCGGCUCAACCCUUCGGUCGCGCCGCAGCCUAACCUCCCCUCCCUCGGGCGGUGUCCCGAUCCCAUUUCCCAAAUUCUCUAAGAUCCUCAGCCCUCUUAAUCCCUCCACCCAUCGCACCCACGCCCUCCCCACUCUCUCCGCCGCCGCCGCCUCCUUCUAUGGCUUCCGCUUCCCCCUCUUACUCCUCCGCUGCCGCUGGUGCCGACGCCUCCCCCUUCCCGUUCGCCGCCCUUCCCCCUCCCCCUCCCUCUCUCUCAUCCCGCCGUCUCCCCCCUCCCUGCUGGUCCCACGGAGAAACCCUAGCACUUAUCGACGCCUACCGCGAUAAGUGGUUCUCCCUCGGCCGUGGAAAUCUCCGCGCCUCCCACUGGGACGACGUAGCUGCCACCGUCGCCCGCGAGUGCCCCUCUUCCUCCGCUGUACCCAAAACAUCCGUUCAGUGCCGCCACAAAAUCGAGAAGCUUCGCAAGCGCUACCGAUCCGAGAAGCAGCGAUCACUCUCCUCCUGGCUUUACUUCCGCAAGAUGGACGCCAUGGAGCGGGGCGCAGCGGCGGAGACAGAGGGAGCCGGAGGUCUCCGGUUCACGAUCCCCAAGGCUGUGCGUUCUAAGAUCGUGGGGUGCCGGCCGAGCCCUAGGGCUGCUAUCAAGCCGGGGUUGGAGGAGAUGCGAAGGAGAAUCGAGGAGAAGAGGUUGAGGAUGAGGAUGAGGAGUGUUGAGGGUGGGAUCGGGGAUUUGGUUGCUGCCCUCGGUGUGUUUGGGGAGGGGUUUUUGAGGAUGGAGCAGAUGAAGAUGGAUGUAUCGAGGGAGAUGGAGAAAAUGAGGAUGGAGAUGGAAUUGAAGCGAACGGAAAUGAUUUUGGAUUGUCAACGAAAGAUCGUUGAAACCAUGGUUCAGAGAUUUAUGGGGAAUUAACGAACGACGUUGCAGUUCUGACAAAGAAAAAGGCACUUUUAGUAUGCGGUAAUGCAAUGUGAGUAGAUUUUUUUCUAACACGAUGGACUCGUUUAGGCUGGAAGAAAGAUCUGUGUUUUGAUUGGGUUAUUGUUUACUUUUGGAGCACAAGGGUUAAUUGUCCUUUUGGGGUGAAUAAGAAGCUUUCACCUUCUUCGUCUGUACUUCAAUUAUCUUUUGUUAAUUCUUGGUUAUUUCCUUAUAAUUUAUAUUAUUCUAGCAUUAAUUCA